AUGAUAUCUGCUAGCGGAUGGGUCCCGCGUGGAUUUGCUUCUGAAUUUCCCGAAAAGUACGAACUCGAUGACUCGGAAAUGGAGAGAAUCACUGCAAUGGCAAAACUUCAAUUGGAGGAAGCCACGGAAAACGGCGAUGAAGAAGACGAUUCCGCCGAACAAGUAUCCAAAAAACAAGCCAAGUUGGGCUCCCAAAUCGAUAUAGACGAUGAUUUGAAGGAGUAUGACUUGGAGAACUACGAUGAAGAAGAAGGAGAGUCCGAGGCAGCCACCAUGUUUCCCGGAAUGGAUGCCACUAUUCAAGACAACGGUGAAGAUGGAACAUACUUGACAUUGCCUACCGAGGAAGACAUGCAAGAAGAAAAACAGGAAUCACAAAUCUACCCCACAGACAACUUGGUUCUUGCCACGAGAACCGAGGACGAUAUUUCGUAUCUCGAUGUGUACAUUUACGACGAUGGAGCAGGCGCACCAGAGGGUGCUACCGAGGAAGAAGAAGACAAAUUUGACCAAGACGUGGCCAAGGGCUUGGUGAGAGAGUCAAGUUUGUAUGUGCAUCACGACUUGAUGCUUCCAGCAUUUCCAUUGUGUGUUGAGUGGAUUAAUUUCAGACCGGAUGCCAGUGAUAAGAUUGGUAACUUUGCAGCCAUUGGAACAUUUGACCCUCAGAUUGAAAUAUGGAACUUGGACUGCAUUGACAAGGCAUUUCCUGACAUGAUUUUGGGAGAACCGGAAGCUAACUCGCUUGCAGGAAUUAAGAAAAAGAACAAAAAGAAGAAGAAGAAGUCUCAGCAUACAACCACACAUCAUACCGAUGCUGUGCUUUCCUUAGCACACAACCAGAACCAACGCUCAGUCUUGGCUUCGACUUCGGCCGAUAAAACUAUCAAGUUGUGGGAUUUGAACCACGGCACAGCAGUGAGGUCCUUCAACUCUAUCCAUUCCAACAACACUGUUUCGUCUUCACAAUGGCAUUCGCAAGAGGCCUCUAUCUUACUUACCGGAGGAUACGACGGCACUUGUGCUGUUUCGGAUGUGAGAAUAUCGGAUGAGAGUAAAAUUUCAAGAAACUAUAAAGUGGGUCAAGGCGAAGAGGUUGAGAAUGUCGCUUGGGGCGCUACUCCCGAGAUUUUCUACGGAGGUACCGAUAGCGGAAACGUCUACUGCUUUGACAUCAGAGUCGCAGAAAAACCACUUUGGACUUUGCAUGCUCAUGAUGCAGGCAUUUCUUCAUUAUCUGUAAAUAAGAAUAUCCACGGAAUGUUAGCUACUUCCGCAAUGGGAGAGAAAGUUGUCAAGCUCUGGAAAUCACCAACUACCGAGUCUGGUCCCUCAAUGGUGUUGUCGAGAGAUUUUGGUCUUGGAAAUGUCUUGACAUCUUCAUUUGCUCCUGACAUCGAAGUCUCUGGUCAUUUAUGCGUUGGUGGUGUUAGCGGAGCAUUGAAGGUAUGGGAUGUUUUGUCCAAUAGAACUGUUCGAGGCAGCUUCCGCGACGAGUUGAAAGACUUGCGUACGAGAGCUAGAGAAGCUGCAAAAGAGCAAGGAAGAGCUUCAAGAAUUGCAAGAAAGUAUACAGGUGAAACCAAAGAGGAAACGAUUAUGACUGUUGAUGCAGGCGGGCUUGAUGAUGAGUCUGAUUCAGAGGAGGAAGUUGACGAAGAAGAGUAA